AUGCCCAAGCUGUCAUUCUCUCUCAGGCCAUCUGCAAUACUACAACUGCACGAUGCCUUGGUGUGCCUGAGCAAAUUUAAUGAGAGCGUCUCAAUUGAGGCUGAAUAUGGCCUACUACGCCUGAGUACGUUAAAUACUGCCAAAACGGCAUAUGCAUCCUUUGUUCUAGACGCCGGGAAAUUCUUCUCCAAGUACAGUUUUAGUACACGCGGGGAACAGCAGAGUUCUGGACAGAGAUAUGUAGACAAAUUCGCAUGUCAGAUGUAUCUAAAGGCUCUGCUUUCAGUAUUCAAAGGUCGAGCCGGUGAGACACGCGACAAGCAGACCACUGUAGAACGCUGCGACGUUGAGCUACAUGAUUCCCCGGAUGAAGCUGAAUGCAGGUUACAUAUACAGAUGAUCUGUGGCCAAGGUGUUGUCAAAUCUUAUAAAUUAACCUACGAGCCUGUUUCUGUACAGCACGCGCUGUUUGAUCAAUCACGAGUACAGAAUCAGUGGAUAAUUCAGGCAAAGAUCUUGAGAGAGAUCAUCGAUCAUUUCAGCCCGACUGCGGAGCAAUUGGAUAUUUAUCCUGAUACAGGAAAGGCCAUUUUUACCAGCUUCACAAAUAAAAUUAGUGAUGGGAAAGAAAUCCUCAAACAACCGGUCCACACAUCCGUUGCUAUAGACAGAAAAGAUUUUGAAGAAUUUACCGUCAAAGAUGGGUUACACGUUGCUAUCAAUGUUAAGGAUUUCAAAGCAGUAGUAUUCCAUGCAGACACCAUGAAGACAUCGAUCACCGCACGUUACACUCGUCCUUGUCGGCCUCUUCAACUGGCGUACGCAUCAGAAGAUGGCAUUGAUUCGGAAUUCACACUCAUGACACGUGGAGAGGUUGAUGAGGCUGAUAAUGACGAUGAUGCUUCGAGACCUGUAUCGCAGCUCUCGGCCAGMCCAGCCGCUAGACGUGUUGCAGCGCCUGAAUCAGCUACUAUCCCUGGUGCCUCGACAGCUUCCGCAGCUUCAUCAGCAGCAAGAAAUACAAUGCCACCGCCCUCUAGUCGACCAGCUAUAUCCUCUCGAAAGCCGGAAUUAAUGUCAAGUGCUGCGUCGAGAGCAGCAUUGGCGGAUAUUCAUGAUAGCCUUUUUGUGCCCGCGGAUGACGACAGGCAGUGGGAUGAGCAGGUAUAUGAUGAGGCAGAUGACCAGGAUAUUCUUGGCUGGGAUUCGAAUAUUGAACCGGGAGCAUACCAUGAGGGUCGUCCAAAGCCGCUGACGGAUGACUACCCGACGUUGUCACCUGAUAGGCAACAAGCACGCAGCGACGCUGAGACGGCCAUUCCUCCAACGCAACCGAUGUCACAGAUACGAAACCUCGGUCUGUUUGACUGA